AAAAUGACCUCGAAGCUCUACAAGGCGCUUGCCCCUGCUGAGCGUGCUGCACUGGAGAAGCGUGCCAAGGCCAUGCCGUCGCUGAAGCGCGUCAAGAAGCCCAAGGCAGGCGCGAAGGGUGAAGAGAAACCGAAGCGUGCCCCGUCGAAGUACGCGCAGUUUGUGAAGGCCAACCUGCCCAAGUACAGCCAGUUACCCAACAAGGAAAGGCUCGCUGCGGUGGCAAAGCUGUGGAAGCAGCAGCAGCAGCUGCAACAACAACGGCAGCACCCGCAGGUGCUGCAGCAACGGCAACAACCGCAGAAGAGGAGGGUGUAA